AUGUGCNAUCCAGGAAAACCAGCAUCUUUGACAUGGCAGCGAAAAUUAAACACCAAGGAAAAUGUACUCCCAUCAUUCACUGUAACUUUGAAGGAGACAAUAUCCCUGAUUCCACUAGGGUAUCGGCUAUGGCGUCAUAUGCGAGAAGAAGCUGCUAGAGGCGGGGGUGCAUUCUUAAAUCCUUUCACAAGGGCCCCUCUCACAUCAUGUCAAGGUGUUCCUCUAGGUGCUAUUGGUAUGCUCAUAGACCUUUCAUAUUUUUUCCUUGUUCUUGAGAGAACACCAUUUCCAGUGCAGGAAGCAUCGGAAGAAGUUACAAAGGCGAAUUUUUGCGUUGGCAACUAUUCCCUAGAAUAUGUGAAGAUAAACCAGUUUUAG